CUCUCCCCCCCCCCGCCCCCUCUUCUCGCUCAUUUCGUCCUUCCACUCACCUUGCUCAUCUCUCCGUUGCUGGGGGCUCCUUUCUCUAUCUUUUCUAUCUUCUUGGAGGGGUGGAUGAGUGUGGAAAUCUUUGGAGAGAGAGAGGUGGGGCGGGAGGAGAGGGGUUUUCUCGCCCUUCGAUCUUUUAGAUAUCUUGAUCCAGCUGAGAAACUCCACGGAAGAAGAACUUGCCUAAUGCAAGGGCAAAGGAGUUCUGUUGAACCCUUCACUGAAGCAUUUGAAUUUGACAAUGCAUCAAGUUCAAGCGACGCUGCCAUGGAUCAACAAAUGUACUGGAAUAACAUGCUUCUUGAUCCAGUAGAGACUCAGAACCUACCAGAUUAUCUAGUAUCUCACACUGAUGCAAAUAUGUCAUAUGUAAACAUGAGUGCUCAAGAUGGUGCUCGACUGAGCAUCUGGAACUCAGGUGCAUCUAGCUCAAGAGAACACUCACUAAACCAUGGAAGCUGCAAUGAAAUCAAAAUGGAGCAUGGGAGGACACCUACUCUGACAAUUAAUUGGAGGGGUGGCCCAAGGAUAGAAGAAAGCCGUUCUGAAGCAGCCAAUGCACUUUCUCUGGAAAAUGUUGACAUUAAUCUUAACGCAUCUCAAAUUGAUGAUGAGCAAUAUUUGCAGGAUUCCAAUUUAAAUGCUGUCCCUCAGAAUUCACAACACAAUGCUGGACAUGUUGGCAUCAGCAGCGAGGUCUCAGAAAUGAGGCUCUGUCCUCAUCCUACUUAUACCUCAGGUUUACUAGAAUCUGAGCAUGUUCCAUCUUUGAAUGGUCCUUCAAAUUCUUGUGCAAAUUCUUCUGGAGGCGUUGGAUUUAUGCCAGAAGAUGGUGAUGGAAGGCCAGGAAGUUCAUUCGAUGGUCGACGCUUAGCCUGCAAAAGGAAAAACGUCGAAGGUGUACCUGGGCAGUCGUCCACCGGUGGAAGUGCAAUCUUUAUCAACCAAGAUGAGAAUAGUUCUCUGCAUUCUGCUUCUUCUACUUAUAAUCCUGCUACUUGUUUAAAUAUAGGCAGCUCAUCAGAUUAUCUAUCUGUAGCAAAUCCUUCUGAAGAAGAGCUAAAUGCAGGUGUUGGCACCAUCAUGAGAGGAGUGGCUUCCGAAUGCUAUCCUUCUGUAAGUACAGCAAGAAAUGCAGAAAGUUCACGUAGAAGUUUUCGAAUCAGAAUGAACCCUGCCCAUCAACAUGAUAUUUCCCCACCUAAUUUAUGGUCCUCAGGGAAUACUCUGAGCCGGUUUAAUGUAUGGUCACCCAAUCAACCACCUUUCCAUCCUACCCCAUUUAGUCAGCCACUAGAGCCCAUGCCAAUUGGUGUGAGCUCAAGCUCACAAAGUCAGCUUCAUAUGCCAGUUAUUCCUGGUUUGCCUCAGACACUGUACCAUUUCCCAUGGGGUGGAGCUUCCAGUUCAAGAAUUGGCAGUUCAUCAAUCUCUCUCAACUCAGAGGAUAGAGUAAUUGCUAUGAGCGAGGACCCAAACCCAAGAAACGUGACAAUAAGUAGUGCUUCAGAUUUUGUUCCCUCACCUGAUAUGAGACAUCUGGUGCAAGACCGGACAAAUUGGAAUCUGUCUGAUAGGGGUACUAGCAUUGCAGGAAAUGGAGUGCCUACUUCACAGAUUGGCACUAGUUCAGGGGUCUAUCCAACACUAGGGCCUACCUGGGUUCCUCAUCAUAAUCUUCCUACCCGAUAUCCACGAAGCUUAUCAGAGGUUGUCCGGCGGUCGUCGUUUCCAUCUGGUGUCUCUGAAUCUGAAGGUCAGACGAGUAACUUUUCUCUGCAACGUUCUUGUCACUCUAUUACAUCACACGGGAGAGGUCAUCAAUCUGGAGCUGUUUUCCAUGGUCAUCAGCAACAGCACAUGAGGUCUGCAUUUUUGGUGGACCGACAAAAUGAUGAUAUUUCAGGUGUUCCCUUGUCUGUGAGGACUGUAGCAGCUGCGAGGGAAGGGAGAAGCAGGAUGAUAUCAGAGAUUCGUAGUGCAUUGGAAUCUAUGCGUAGGGGAGGAAAUUUACAAUUUGAGGAUAUGUUUGUCCUCGACCAGUCUAUGUUGUAUGGUGGUGCCGACUUGCACGACAGGCAUAGAGACAUGCGGCUUGACGUGGAUAAUAUGUCUUAUGAGGAAUUAUUGGCACUAGAAGAGCGGAUAGGAAAUGUGAGCACCGGACUCAGCGAGGAAGUGAUUUUGAAGCGUCUAAAGCAGGGGAAAUAUUAUGGGGGGACGGUGGAAGCAUCUAUGGAAGUCGAACCGUGCUGUAUCUGUCAGGAAGAAUAUGUUGAAGGGGAGGACCUUGGGACACUGGAUUGUGGACACGACUUCCACACCGCUUGCAUCAAACAAUGGCUGGUGCACAAGAAUUUGUGCCCCAUUUGUAAAAACACUGCUCUAGUGACAUGACCGGGUUGGGAUGCGACGCAUCUCUACUCAGUUCUCCGAUGGACAAAGCAGCGACCUCUGCGUAACUUAUUUAUGUGCCCUUUAAAUUAUUAUUAAAUCCAUUGACACUGGUGGAUGAUAUUUCUUUUUCUUUUUUUUUCUCUUGACUUUUUCUUUUGCAAAUUGUGCCGUUUGUUGAAGUCGUGUUCUGCGGACCGCAUUCCUCUUCAUAUGAAAUAAACACUGCAACUGUGUAUAUAACAUAUCUCGAUGUGGAGACUCA